ACCGCCCGCUUCGAAUAAAAAAACUAAAUCAGAAUUAUAUCAACUAGUAACUUAACCGAUUAGGGGUAGACGCAGACUCAACUCCACAGCGGAUCUGCCGCAGCACUCAACGAAAUCCGGCGAUUACACGAACUUCUGGCGAUUCCACGAUCCUUCGGCGCCAUACAGUCAACACUUAAUCAGAAUUUUAUCUACUUAAUCAGGAUGGUGCAUGCCAAACUCAUUGUCCGUGCGGUCUUUGGAAUAAUCGGGAAUAUCAUUUCGUUUGGCCUGUUUGCUUCUCCAGUGCCAACAUUUUACAGAGUAAUUAAGACUAAUUCAGUGAACGAGGUCAAACCUAAAUUUCAUCUUUUGGCGACAAUGAACUGUCUCCUCUGGGUGUUAUUUAGUAUGCCGUUUGUUUGUCCAGGAAACAUCCUUCUGCUAACAGCUAAUGGCUUUGGUGUUGUAAUGCACCUUGCUUAUCUCAUCAUCUUUCUCAUCUAUGCCACAGACAAUGAAAGGAUGUACAAAGGAGGUGUAUUGUUGGUUGAGUUGGCAGUGAUUGGUGUUGUUAGUGGACUGGUUACUGGGCUAGUAGAUGAUAUUUCGCGGAGAAGGUUUAUUAUGGGACUAUUGUGCGUUUACUCUGCCUUCAUGAUGUACUUAUCCCGUUUUUUCCAUGUGGUAGUAGAUGAGAGUGCUGAUUACAUGCCAUUUCCUGUAGUGGUGACCAACACCCUCAAUGAUCUUUGCUGGAUAUUCUAUGGCUCACUUGGAUUUGAUGUUAUUGUUUUGUUUGCAUAUGGUUUGGGAUUUAUUGUGGGAGUGAUUCAACUUGCACGACAUGUUCAUUCUAACAAAAUUCCUGAUGAUAAGAAGUUAGCAGCAGCUGAUGUGCAACUGCAAGGAAUGGCAUAGUUUACUGUUGUAUGCUUGUAUGUGUUGUUUGCAACAUAAGUUUAGCAGCUGUUUGCUAAACUUCUGUAUUAGCGGGCUGUUUACGUAUUUUGAUUUAAAAUGCAUUCUGCUGACUUAAAAUAUCAGCUGGUCUGUAUAUGCAGUUGGUAUCCUGAACACUGAUUUCUGAAUUCUAACAUAUCUCUAGUUGAUUCAAAAAAUAA